UCUCCCCUGAAGCCGGGACCGUAACGUAAUAAAAACUAGGACUCGAUGAGAGCUCGACUGGAAUGGUACUUUUAUUCGUCUAGACUUUAGAGAGAGAAACAGAGGAGAGAGAGUGAGAGAAGGAGAAUGGGGAAUCCGAAGCAGAAAUGGACUUCGGAGGAAGAAGAAGCUCUAAGAGCAGGCGUCGCAAAGCAUGGGACUGGAAAAUGGAAGGAUAUUCAGAGAGAUCCCGAGUUCAAUCCCUUUCUCGUCAAUCGUUCCAAUAUUGAUCUCAAGGAUAAAUGGCGGAAUAUGAGUUGUAGUGCCAAUGGCCAAGGUCCCAGGGAAAAGUCGAGAACCGUGAAAGCUAAAGCCAACUCAGAUGCCCCUGCUACUCAGGUGUCUACUCCACAGACGGCCGUUGCUGUUCCAGCAGUGCGUGAUUCCGCAACAGCUCCAAACGCGGAUGAUUCUUCCAAAGCAUUGCCAGAUGGAAAAAACUCUUCAAUGUAUAAUACAAUGAUUUUCGAAGCCCUUUCUUCUUUGAAAGAACCAAACGGAUCAGACACUAGUGCAAUUGUAAGCUAUAUUGAGCAAAGACACGAGGUUCCCCAAAAUUUUAGGAGGCUAUUAAGUACAAGGUUGAGAAGGCUGGUUGCACAAGACAAACUCGAAAAGGUCCAAAAUUGCUACAAGGUGAAAAGCCAUGCGGACGCCUCAUUGGGAACAAAGACGCCUGCACCGAAACCAGAAAGUCAACCUCGCCAAACGCAGACUACUGUUUAUAGGACCUCUACUGAUGUAGUAGACGAAGCAGCAGUAGCUGCCGCCUACAAGGUAGCUGAAGCUGAAAAUAAAUCAUUUGUGGCAGCUGAAGCAGUGAAGGAGGCAGAUAGGAUUUCCGAGAUGGCCGAGGACGCAGAAUCGCUUCUGCAGUUAGCAAAAGAGAUCUUUGAGAAAUGUUCACAGGGUGAACGCGUGUACGCAGCGUAACAUAAGAGCUGAAUCCAUGCUCUGCCCAUUUUUGAAGAUGAACCCUUGGAUUAGAACUUGUAAAUUUUGCUUGUUUUUUUACUUUUCUUUCAGGUGCAACCAAAUUGAAUUUUUUUCCUUCUUUUAAUAGUCUAGUUAUAACCUAUACUAAGAAUAUUUUGUGCAUUGUCGUCAGCAUGGCCACUGGUGGAAGAUUAAUCAACCAAGAAAAAUCAUGUACAGCAAUUAUCAAAGGCUUUAAUGCUGUAAUAUUGACACUUCCGCUAAUUACAAAUGUAGCAUAUUUAUUAAUGGAACGAUCGAAUGGAUUUUCUUUUCAUCUA